AUGUAUAAUUCUACAUAUAUGUUUGAUGAUGAUUCUGAUGAUGAAUUCCCUACCCAACAAGCUAUACAGGAAAGCUUACAAGAUAGGUAUAAAAUUGAAACAAGUGGUAGUGCAACAGAGGAUGAAAGUUUCCAGCGUAUUGCAAGUAAAGAACAUGGAAAGAUAAUUGCAGCAAUUCGCACAGGCCAAGAAGAGGCCUUGAUGAAGUUGGUGAGGCACAGUUCUGCUUUUGAAGAAGCAGAUCAGCAAGGCUGGCUUCCGGUGCAUGAAGCUGCGGCACAGCUAAAUAAGAACAUCCUUGAAAUAACUUUGAAAGCCUCCCGUGCCCUUACAUGGGAACAGACCACUCUAAAAGGGGAAACGCCUCUCUUGGUGGCCGUCAGAAAUUGCUUUGUAGACAAUGUCCGCUUUCUCCUGCUCAAUGGUUGCAAUCCCAAUGUUAAGAAUGAAGAGGGAGAUUCUCCUUUAGUUGUAGCAAUUAAACAUGAUUCGUAUGAGAUUGCCUCCCUGUUGAUAAGUUCUGGUGCAAAAGUGAAUUGGCAGUGUGUCCACAAGAGGACUGCUUUGCACGAGGCAGCCAGACUAGGCAGGAAGGAUCUGGUGAAGCUUCUCCUUCGUUCUGGAGCAGAUCCUGACCCUCGUAGUGAAUAUGGGCUCACACCUCUAGCACUGGCCGCACAGAUUGGACAUACAGAAAUUAUGGAGCUCUUACUGCAAAAAGGUGCGGAUGUUCUUUCACAGGCAAUGGAUUGUGCUUCUGUAUUAUUUGAAGCAGCAGGAGGAGGAAAUCCAGAGUCUUUGAGUCUUUUACUAGAAUACGGUGCAGAUGCCAAUAUACCAAAGCACUCGGGUCAUUUGCCAAUCCACAGAGCUGCAUAUAGAGGACACUUUCUAGCCCUAAAAAAUUUAGUUCCAGUUACUAAUUUUGAUGCCAUUAAAGAAAGUGGGAUAAGCCCAGUUCACUCAGCAGCAGCAGGAGCACAUCCUCAGUGCCUUGAGUUUCUCCUCAAAUCUGGGUUUGAUGCCAAUUUUAUGCUGGAUCAAAGAGUUCGCAAAGGCUACGAUGACCACCGGAAAUCAGCAUUGUACUUCGCUGUUUCCAACGGGGACAUCUGUUCAACACAGUUGCUGUUGAACGCUGGAGCCCUGCCAAACCAGGAUCCCAUCAACUGUCUCCAAAUAGCCUUGAGAAUGGGCAACUAUGAGUUAAUGAAUCUACUGCUCCGACAUGGGGCAAAUGUCAAUUACUUCUGCAGAGUGAAUACAACUCAUUUUCCAUCAGCUCUACAGUAUGCUCUGAAAGAUGAAGUCAUGUUAAGAAUGCUGAUGAACUAUGGAUAUGAUGUGCACCGCUGCUUUGAUUGCCCUCAGGGAAACAGUUCGCAUUCCCAGUAUGUGACUGAUGGAUGGACUUCUACCGUUAUCAAAGAUACGAUGUUCUGUGAAGUGAUAACCUUGUCGUGGUUGAAGCAUCUGUCUGGAAAAGUGGUGCGAGUGAUGUUAGAUUAUGUUGAUCAUGUUAACAUCUGCUGGAAGCUAGAAGCGGUUCUCAAAGAACAGGAGCUCUGGCCAGACAUCAAUUUGAUUUUAACAAAUCCUCGUUCUCUGAAGCAUCUUUGCCGCCUGAAGAUACGUGAAUGCAUGGGCCGGUUGCGUCUCCGUUGUCCCGUCUUCAUGACCUUCCUCCCACUGCCAAACUGCUUGAAAGACUAUGUACUAUACAAGGAAUAUGAUCUCUAUGGGCAGGAAAACUUCAGAGGAACCGACAGCCUCAACUGUACAUAA